AUCAAACUGAUGGGUAAUCAUGUCAAAUUGUAAGACCAUAUCCACAUUUGAGAGAAAUGCAUAGUAUAUACCAAAAGUCGAAACAUGAUACUGAAUUUGGAUAUUUAAAUUUACCGAAUUAGCGCACGGAAUACAAAUCUGACGAAAAUAAAGUAAUAGAAUCAAAAUGAACAGAAUAACAAGAAUCUACUUGUAUUUUACGACUUGGGUGUCAUUGGCUUUUAUUGCUAUUAUUCUGAACGUUAUUAAUGUGGAUUGGGAAAGGACUAACUAUAUCAACGGAAUUAUCAUUGUAGUUGUCCUUGGUGUUCUUCAAGGCAGCGUUAUGGAAUUUCCUACUCAAACAAUGGCAACUCUUUUGAUAGGAGGCGAUAAAAGAGGACUAGAAAAAGCUAAAUCUGACAGAUUGACAAUCGUUCUCAAUUACAAUUUAUUAGCAAUGAGUAGAGAUGAAAUAGAUGAGUGUAUGGAAACUAUGUACGAAGCUUACAUGGGAAACCUUAGUCCGAAUGUGUCAGCUGUUUUAGUAAGUGCAACGGGCGACGAAAGUUUAAAAGACUACGAACUGGAAGUUCGAGAUCGAUUCAGAUCGGCCAUUUUCGAUGAACUAUUUCAUGAAGGAUCUUGUUUUGCAAAAGAUGAUUUCGAAUCUAUUGAUCCCCUACGUUUAGAGAAUGUGUGGAAUUUGUAUGAAGAUGUAGAUAAAACGUUGUUCUUUCACGAAUAUUUACAUGAUAUAUGUGAUCGAUAUGCCAGAGAAUUUAUGGUAAUACACCGGGUAUCUCGGGUGUUAAGAAAAUGUGGUCAGUAUCAAGAUCUUAUGCUUCUGUCUGAAGGUGAAGACGAGGCUUUCUCAUACUGUGACCCAUUAUUUUAUGGCAAAGGUGCUAGGAAUGAAGGUGAACAACUUUUUUAUGAUUCGGAUGACGUCAAAAAUAUCUUUGGUAGAAAAUUUGACUAUACACUGGUAUUAGACGGAGAUACGGGUGUUCCGAAAAAAUGUGUCUUCGAUCUGCUAGACAUUGCCGCUGCAAAUCCAGAAAAGGGUAUCAUUCAACCGGCGAUAAAAAUUCAUUGUCAACCUACGGAUACAAUAUUCAUGCAUAUUGAAACAAUACGCCAGCAAAUCUAUGAACCAAUGACAAAUGCUGUAAUGGAAUUAUUAGGACAAUCAGCUUAUUUUGGCAAAGCAUUGCUAAAAAAUAGAAUUUACAUAGAUAAUGUUAUUGGAAGCAGAGAUCAUCCGAUUGAAAGAGUUCCAAUUGAUGUUCUCAGUCACGACACAUUUGAGGCUGCCAUUUUAAAACCGCUUUAUGCCGGAUCAGUCUUCCUUCUUGAAGCACCAUCAUUAAAUUUUGUGACAUGGAGUAUUCGUGAACGUCGAUGGAACCGGGGAGAAGUUUUAUUAGCUAUGUAUUUUUGGGAGAAUGGCAUCGGAAGGCCUAUGCGAUGGAUAAAAAAGAAACUUCAGGGGGAGAAAUUUAAUGCAACCAAACUGAGAACAGAAUCUCCACUGAAUUUCGCUAGCAGUUACAUUGCCUAUUCAGCACUGAGACAAAUGGUAAUGAAGCCAUUACUCAUGUUGUAUGUAAUUAUCCACAUCUCGGUACAUUUACGAUAUAGAUAUGCCUCAAUUAUCCUUAUUAUGUUUCUCGUUCUAGUGUUCCCAAAAUUUGCAACAUGCAAUAGAAAUAAUUAUAAAUAUGUUUUGCUAGAAACUUUAGCAUCGUUCUUCCAAUUUACACCCGAAGCUAUGGUUGGCUGUGUUAGAAUUUUUAAAGCUGUUCAAGCAAAUCUUGCAAAGAAUGUUAAAUGGAUUCCUCAAAGGGCAGUAGAGGAUGAGUUCAGAAAUAGCAAUCCAUUUAUAUCUAGUUUCCAUCACUUAUGGGGAUACUCUCUGUUUGCAUUAGUAUGCGGAGUACUUGUGGUCUUAUUUAUUUCCCGAGCAAUAUUGAUUUUAAUCAUGUUGACGACAUUAUUUUUACUUCCUAUUUAUACCGGAAUUACCUCACUUCCACUCAAGUCUCCUUCUCGGAGUAAUAAUGAUGAUAUCUCUUUUCCAAAUGGAGAAAAAGAAAUAGCCAUUAGCGAUGCAGAAAUGCCAGGGACGUAUAGGAGUGUAGAUGGAGGUGUCAUCAACGAAGGCUUCAGUAAAUAUUAAAGAGAAAAAUAAACAGAAACAGAAUUGAAAUCCAGACUAAUGUCAAUUAAACUAUGUGUUAAUCAAACCAUUACAUGUAAUUUAAACUUUUUUUCCAUUAGCGACAUAUUAAGAUGAAAUCCAUUAUAUUGUAUGUACUUAGAAGUGUGUCGGAAUGUGAUUGUUAUAAUAAUUUUCAUAUAUGUCACUUCAAAUCGUUAAUUAUAUAUGUCAGGCAGUGAUUAAUUUGAAUUUUGAUAUUGGAAUUUCUGUCUUAGUUCGGAAAAGACAUUGUCGAAUAGAUGUUCAAGUACAUUCUUUUGUGUUCUUCUUUCAUUAGAAGUUCUAAUCGUGUAACGUAGUAUGUGGUCUAAAAUGCAGUAAGAAAUAUUGAAAAUAAAAAUCAAAACUAGAAAUAGAACGAAGGCGUAAAAAUAUUUUCAGUGGACGGAAAAGCUCUUGUUAUUAUACCAGAUUACCUACCUACUAAAUCUCAUUUUUUGCUAUUCAUUUCAAUAUCGCCUUUUUAAGAAAACAAGAAACAAAUAAUUAUGAUGAAUGAAUAUGUUUUGAAUUUCAAUUAAUGCAAUAUUUGAACUACUGAUAAAUUAUUGAGAUAUAUUGAGAUAUUGAGAAUUAAUUACAUCCUUUCGAUAAAUUCUAUUAUGGUUUGGAAAUUUGCAGUAUAUAACCGAUUGCAAGCGGGAUAACAUAAUCAAUUUUCAAUGUUAUUCUUUUUUAACCAAUCCCGGGAAUUUAAGUAAGCUCCGUGUGAACUGAUCGAUCCUUUAAAUAAACUUAUUCUUAAUGGUGACAAAUACAAUACUGUAUUCGAUUAUUGAAUAAUGUUUUAUAUGAUUGUAUAAAAAUUUAUUUAAUUACCAAUGAAUAAAAGAAUACCAGAU